GUUCCCAUGUUCCAUUGAUUGAGCAUCUAGACUAAUGUAGAUGGGAUUUUUGUUCUCCUCCACCUCCAUUCUGUUCUUAUAUGUUGCAGCUUAGCUUAUUGGGAUCAGUUUCAAGUAUCAACAACAUGGCAACAAUGAGAUCAAUCAAAUCCACCCCACUCUACUCACUGCUACUCUUCUUCUUCUUCCUCUACUGCCAUAACCAGCUUCACCAUGUACAUGCCCAGUUGGGCCGGUUACCACCAAACAUCACAGGCUACACCUGCUCACUAAACCAGACCACUUAUCCAUGCCAAACCUACGCCUUCUACCGAGCCACCGCUCCAGACUUCCUAGACCUCGCCUCCGUCGGCGACCUCUUCUCCGUCAGCCGCCUCAUGAUAUCAAACCCUAGCAACAUCUCCUCCCCAACCUCACCUCUCGUCAACAACCAAUCCCUCUUUGUUCCGCUCACAUGCGGAUGCAAUUCAGUCAACAUCACCACCGCAAUUUCCUCCGCUAAUCUCACAUACACCAUCCAGCCGGGCGAUACCUACUACUUAGUCUCUACCGAAAAGUUCCAAAACCUCACCACUUACCAAUCUGUGGAGGUUGUAAAUCCCACGCUGGUGCCGACCAACCUCACGAUCGGCCAAAACGUGGUGUUUCCGAUCUUCUGCAAGUGUCCCGACGCCACCCAGCUCCAAAACCAAGUCAAUUAUCUCGUCAGCUACGUGUUCCAACCUUGGGACACAAUAGAAUCCGUAGCUUCACUGUUUGGCUCCACUGCACAGUCUGUCAUCAGUCUCAAUGGCCAAAACAUUCAGCCUUCCGACACGAUUUUCGUCCCGGUGUCGAGACUCCCCAUCCUUUCGCAGCCGUCUGUGGCUCCCGUGACUUCCAAGAAAUGUGAGAGAAGAGGCGCCGUCACCGGAUUGGCAAUUGGGUUGGGAUUGUGUGGCGGGCUUCUGAUUCUGAUCAGUGGGUUGUGGGGAUACAGGGAGGCUCUGUUGAAGAGGAGGAGAGAGGUGGAGAUGGAUAAGGAGAGACAGAAAUUGGGUGCGGGAGGGACGGGGGUUUCGAAGAAGGUGGAUUUGAAUCUGAUGGCUGAUGUUUCGGAUUGCUUGGAUAAGUAUAGGGUUUUUGGGAUUGAGGAAUUAAGAGAGGCGACUGAUGGGUUUGAUCAGAGAUGUGUGAUUCAAGGGUCUGUGUAUAGAGGUUGUAUUGAUGGGGAGAUGUAUGCUAUCAAGAAGAUGAAGUGGAAUGCCUAUGAAGAACUCAAGAUCUUACAGAAGGUAAACCAUGGUAAUUUGGUGAAGCUAGAGGGUUUCAGCAUAGAUCCUGAAGACGGAAAUUGUUACCUAAUCUAUGAGUAUGUUGAGAAUGGAUCUCUACACUCAUGGUUGCAUGGAAACAAGCACGAAAAGCUUAGCUGGAAAACAAGGUUACGAAUUGCCAUUGAUGUCGCGAAUGGCCUCCAAUACAUUCAUGAGCACACCAGGCCGCGUGUUGUACACAAGGACAUCAAAAGCAGCAACAUUCUUCUGGAUGCGAACAUGAGAUCCAAGAUAGCCAAUUUCGGACUAGCCAAGUCAGGCUGCAAUGCCAUAACAAUGCACAUUGUAGGAACUCAAGGCUAUAUUGCCCCUGAAUAUCUAGCGGACGGGGUGGUCUCCACGAAAAUGGAUGUUUUCUCUUUUGGGGUAGUGUUGCUUGAGCUUGUCUCGGGCAGAGAGGCCGUCGUUGACGAAGAAGGGAAGUUCCUCUGGACGAGUGUGACCGGCAUUUUGGAUGGGAAGGAAGAGACAAAGGAAAAGAAAUUGAAGGGUUGGAUGGAUGGUGUUCUUCUCCAGGAGCCAUGCUCGAUGGAGAGUGUCAUGAACGUGAUGACUGUAGCGGUUGCUUGCUUGCAUAGAGAACCUUCAAGGCGACCUAGUAUGGUGGAUAUUGUCUAUGCAUUGUGCAAGAGUGAUGAAAUUUUGUUUGAUGUGUCCGAGGAUGGAUUGUCACCCCGUCAAGUAGUAGCGAGAUAAAUUGAGUCAUGGACGGCCUAUCCCACACGGAACAAGAUCCUCUCGCAUUCUCGUUUCGUCUAGUUAGUAAUACACUACAAAAAGGUUGGAAUGUUUGCUAAAUAAUUCAACUUUUUUUUUGGAACGUGCAUCACUAACUGGACGAAUCACUGAAGAGGAUUCAAGUCAUAUCCCACGGAUAUGGAAUCAAGACAAGAAUGAUGAUAAUGAUCACGAUGACAACUAUUAUAAAUAAGGACUUAAUGCAUAUGUUAUUUUGUUAUGAUUUGUAAAAUAAUAACAAGCUCAAUGUAGUUAAAAAUGGCUGGCAUAUUUUGUACCAAGUAGAGGGAGCGGCUCCUUAGGUUGCAUAGAGCAAUGUUGCGUACAUAAAGUUGCAAUAUGUGUGGAAAAAGUGUUGUGUUAGGAACAAUAUAGAGCCAUGGCCCAGAGGAUGAUUUCUACUUAUAAUCCUUGUAUUGUUUGGUACCAAUAGUUCAAAAAAUAGGUAUUACCGGAUAA